GGGAGGCCGCCUCACUCUUUCCGGACUCGGGCACCCGGCGGGACCGGGUCUCCGCGCACCGCGAGGCAGGGAGGAGCGCCGUGUGCCCUGCGUAAGUGCGCGGCUCCGCAGGGGUCACUGGUCCCCGGACGCACGGAGCGCAAGGAGGGCGGUCUCAGAAGCCUUCAGCACCGAAGAAGAAGAAAGCCCGGUGGGGUCUAGACAGAACGGUUGGUGCCAUGUGGAAGGCGCUUGCUUUGCUGGCCCUGGUGGUGCUCAGCCCUGGUGGUGAUGGGCUGUUUCGCUCCUUAUACAGAAAAGCCCAUGUUUCCACACGACUUAAAGGAGAUCCAGGACAGCCAUUAUUCCUAACUCCUUAUAUUGAAGCUGGGAAGUUUGCAGAAGGUAGACGGUUGAGCUCGGUGGCUCCUUUCCCAGGAUGGAAUUUGACGAGUUAUUCUGGCUACAUCACUGUGAAUAAGACUUACAACAGCAACCUUUUCUUCUGGUUCUUUCCAGCUCAGAUAGAGCCAUGGAAUGCUCCAGUCGUCCUCUGGCUGCAGGGCGGGCCGGGAGGCUCAUCCAUGUUUGGACUCUUUGUGGAACACGGACCUUAUAUUGUCACAAGAAACAUGACCGUGCGUGCCAGAGACUUUCCUUGGACCACUACAUUUUCCAUGCUCUACAUUGAUAAUCCAGUGGGCACAGGCUUCAGUUUUACUGAACAUCUCCAGGGAUACGCAGUGGAUGAGGAUGACGUAGCACGAGACUUAUACAGUGCACUUACUCAGUUUUUCCAGUUGUUCUCUGACUAUAAGGACAAUGACUUUUAUGCCACUGGGGAGUCUUACGCGGGGAAAUACGUGCCAGCCAUCGCCCACUACAUCCACAUGCUCAACCCCGUGAUGAUCGUGAAGAUCAACCUGAAGGGAAUUGCUCUUGGAGACGCGUAUUCUGAUCCCGAGUCAAUCAUACCGGGCUAUGCACCAUUCCUGUUCCAAAUUGGCUUGUUGGAUGAGAAGCAGAGAAAGUACUUCCAGAAGCAGUGCGAUGAGUGCGUGAAAUACAUCCAGGAGGAGAAGUGGUCUCAGGCCUUUGAAUUACUGGAUAAACUACUAGAUGGUGACUUAAUAAGCGAGCCUUCCUACUUCCAGAAUGUUACAGGAUGUUCUAAUUACUACAACCUUUUACAGUGCACGGAACCUGAGGACCAAAGUUACUACAGGAAAUUUUUGUCCCUCCCACAAGUGAGACAAGCCAUCCACGUGGGAAACCAGACUUUUAGUGAUGGAUCCAAAGUUGAAAAGUACUUGCGAGAAGAUACAGUAAAGUCAGUGAAACCAUGGUUAACUGAAAUCAUGAAUAAUUAUAAGGUUCUAAUCUACAACGGCCAACUGGACAUCAUCGUGGCCGCUCCCCUGACAGAGCGCUCCUUGAUGGCCAUGAACUGGAAAGGAUCCCAGGAUUAUAAGAAGGCAGAAAGAAAAGUUUGGAAGGUCCUUAAAUCUGAUCCUGAAGUGGCUGGUUAUGUACGGCAAGUGGAUCGCUUCUAUCAGGACCUUUGUGAUAAUCGGGUUCCAUGAAGAUAAUCCAGGAUACUCUCCCAUCUCAAGGAUUUUUUUUCCAAGCCUUGAACAUGCUCUUGUACACUGUGACUCUCCAAGACCAAGACCUGGUAUAUGACCCAUCCUGACCACAGAAGCUCCUCCUUUUUGCCCUUAUAAUUUUUUAACUUCACAAGGGCUGUUACUGGUGAUAAGAACCCUCCGGGCAAACGACGAUGUAUUAUAGCCAUUUCAUAGAGCACAAUGCCCAGAGAGGCCAAAUGAUUCACUUGGUGAACUAAAUGAUCACAGAGCUGGCUCAGAAUCUAGGCCUGUUUGUAGAGCUCUCUGGAGAGAACCUGUGUGCUGAAGACUUUGUGCCCUGGGCCUGAGCAGCCUGGAGUAGAGCAAAGGAACAAUGAAAAGAUGGAAACAGAACCUACAAGGAAAGGGAGAAGAAACAGUCACCUGAGAAUGUGCCUUCCUCCUCUGUGCCUUUCUGCUCAGCCUAACAUUUAUUAAAGACCUACAAUUUAAGAAAGAUAUCGUUGCGUGUUACAGAGGAUGACAAAAAGCUGUGCAUAAGACUUGGUCUUGCCCUGGAGGACCUCAGAUGCUCAGUGAGAAGGCACACAGGAAGUUGAAAGGUUAGCAACAAUCCUAUUUUCCUAACACUUAUAGUUUGUAAGAGCUUUCACAUAUAUUUCCCAAAACUCAUAUAUUGGGCAAGUAUUAUCUGUCCCUUUUUAUACAUGAGAAAAUGAACCACUGAUCAGAGAGACUGUGACACGGUUCAAGGUCAGAGACCCAGCAAGUGGACUCCAUCUUCUGACCACCCCAUACAUAUCACAUGGGCAGUUUAUGACAAAUGUUUGGCUUUUUGAUGACAACUGCAAAUGCUUUUGGGGUUUUUACACUGCAUACAGUAAAUUGUUUGACUGUAUCCAAGAUGACUGACAUUAUUAAGACUGAUUUUUAAAAAAGGUUUAUAAGAAAAACAAUUUGUAACAAGGGAAGGAAGACAUGGCAGAGCAAUGGAGAAAGCAAGAGUGAAUAUGGUAUCAUGUACUUUUUUACCAAAGAUUUUUAACUGCAAAAAUAAAUGUUCAGGGACUUCCCCGGUGGCACAGUGGUUAAGAAUCCACCUGCCAAUGCAGGGAACACAGGUUCAAGCCCUAGUCCAGGAAGAUCCCAUGUACCACGCAGCAACUAAGCCAUUGUGCCACAACUACUGAGCCUUUGCUGUAGAGCCCAAGAGCCACAACUACUGAAGCCCGUGCGCCUAGAGCCUGUGCUCCACAACAAGAGAAGCCACCACAAUGAGAAGCCCGUGCACCGCAACAAAGAGUAGCCCCUGCUCGCUGCAACUAGAGAAAGCCCAUGCGCAGCAAUGAAGACCCAACGCAGCCAAUAAAUAAAUGAAUAAAUUUAU